GAGAGGGCUAGGGACUCUGAUGACCUGACGACGCCACCCAAAGAUUGCCCUCCCUCCGAGCCACUGGCAUCCACUCACUGCCCUAUCGUGGCGACGGGCAUAGUGCCCUAUCGUGGCCAGCCUUGUCACCAACACAAGUUGGAUGAGGGUGCAGGCAUUAAAGUCGUCAACGCCUUUCGAAUGGGCCUUGACCAGCACUACGACGCCGAGCAACGACGCAGCCUCAACUCGCUGGCCUUCCGACAGCGGCAGAAUUCCUCCUUCGAGCGUCCACCAAGUGCUGCCUUGGAUUCCGGGCCCUGGUCUCCUCCUCUUAGCCCCGUUCAGCACUCACUAGCCAACCCUCUUGCUGCCAUCCACGACCGGCUGUUGGUCGCACCUCUCGUCUCUACGCCCCCUCGACAACCGGAAGGAAUGAGCGGGCUCACGCACUGA